AUGUCAACGUUUAUGAAUUGUACAAGAUGUGAAAUUUGCGCUGCAGCGCUUAACAUCUAUGCACCGAUGUCAUUCGUUCAUUUUUCCCUACUUUUUCGACUAAUUCUUGGACCUAUUGUCACUCUUGGAAUCCUUAUUCUUACUCUGGCAAUAUUUCGUACUAAAACAUUACAUUAUAAUGCUCGAUUAUUGCUGAUGUGUAUGACAAUUUCAGUUAUCGUCUGUAAUAUAGGUGUACUUCUGGAUGCUAUAUACAAACUCCUUAUCUCUUUUGUACUUCCGGAAGAGAUUCGUUGCGAAUAUCAAGUCUAUAAACCGCAAUAUAUUUUUGCUAUGCGAAGCCUUCAUACAGGUGGGGGUAUGGGACUUGCUUUAUCCACAUUUUUUCUGGCUGCUGAACGUACUCUAGCAACUAUUACUUAUGUGACAUACGAACAGAAUGUUCGUCGAUGGGUUGGAAUUGCCUUGGCAGUAGUGCAGAUUCUUCUCUGUCUACCUUUAUCGAUACGAACCUCUCCUCCACCUCAAUUCUAUCCCUAUGUAACACCUUACAUUGGUAAUUCAGAACGGACGAUAGUGUUCGGAAAUAUUCUAGUCGGGAUCAAUAUUUUUGCUCUAUUGGUGUACACAACUUUAUACUUGGUGAAUCGACGAAGAAGAAGAUUCCUUAGUGAUUCACAUUUACGUGUGUUAUCCAUACGAUUUCAACUAAGGGAAAAUAUUGCAACAACACGUCUCAUGACACCUGUGAUGGCGGUUGUCACAAUUAUGACCACCUCAGCUCAAUGGGUAUUCUACACGUAUCUACCUAUUUUGAAUCGAGAGACCGUAGUUACAUCAAAAGUCCUGGAACAAGUGACCAGAUAUGCACCAUAUGGUGAAUUUCAGUUAUCAAUGAUGCCCGUUCUCGCAUUGUUGUUGGUCCUGCUACUCCCAUGCUUUAAUCUGCACAUUAAACGAUCUUUUGUUCGUAUUUCACAUUUAAAAAUGUGUUUUCCGGAAGAUCCACCAUCGAUCGAUACUGUAACAGCGGAGCAGGCUCGUGAUCUGUAUUUUGCGAAAUUAAAAGGACAAUGUUAUGAUAACGCUGUACCACGUGCACAAUUGUAA